AUGGAGUCUUCUAGCACUGACAGUAUUGACAAGAGUAAAUCACCAAGUGAAAGUGAAGACGAGAUUGAAUUCAUUGGAGAAGGACCUUUAAGACCUGUACUUGAAUGCAUUGAUCUUGUCAGUAGUGAGGAUGAAGAACCUAACAGCAGUAGUUACAUUCCUAGAAAUACUAAGCGUAAAGAUCACAUUGAUUAUCAGAAAGAACGAGUUGCCUCGACCCUGGAUCGUCUGGCACGCCAUGUUGAAGUAGAGAAGAGGCAAAAGGAAGAGAAAAACAAAGCCUUUAAGGAGAAAGUUGAUUCCCAAUAUGCUCAUGGGUUGCAAGAACUAGAAUUUAUUCGAGAACGCAGCGACACAGAAGCUGCAAGGUUAUGUGUGGACCAGUGGUUAAAAAUGCCAGGUCUUAAACCAGGCACCAUUAACAGUGGAAAAAGGGGUGCUUAUAAGAGGGCAAAUCAGAUGCAAGUCAACAGCAGUCCAAUAUCUUGUCCUGUGAUGCGUUGCAACAAAGAGUUUGAUAACAGACAUCUUCUCCUAGGCCACCUUCAAAGGUUUGAUCAUUCUCCUUGUGACCCAACAGUCACGUUACAUGGACCCCCAAAUAAUGCUGUUGCCUGUGUCAUAUGCUGCAAACGAUUUUCAAACUCUCAGCAAUACAGUGAUCAUCUUUUAUCUAAGCUAAAGGAAAAUGAUGGCCAUAAAAAAGAUCUCCCUCCACAGCAUAUUCAGUGUUUUGCAUGCCCAACCUGCUUCCUCCUUUUCAGCAAAAGUGAUGAAUGCUUGCAGCAUAUGUCAGAAAAGAACCACUUCCUCCAAGUUUCUAAAUUGAGUGAUGAACUGGAGGCUGACCUUCCUCUACCUUUCCCAUCCUAUGCAAAGAACCUUCUGAUAUCUCUGUGCAAGGAGGUCCCCUUCCAAGUGAAGUGUAUAUCCUGCUACAAGAUACUACGCUCACAUAUGGAAUUAACAGCUCAUUUCAGAACACGCUGUCAUAAUUCUGGGCCUGUGGCACUGUCAAAGAAGAGCAUCUCCCAGGUUGCAGAGAUAUUUAAAACAAAAGGUCACUGUGAGAACUGUGAUAAACUGUUUGCUGAUAAGAAUCAGAUCGCCCAGCAUAAGCAAAUCACUCAACAUAACAUUAAAGUUCUUACUACGAUGGAAGAGUCCAUCUUGGUGUUCUGUCAUAUCAAUGGUAAAAAUAAAAAUCAGUCUCAUUUGUGCCAUAUUGUGGAUCGGUCAAGACCACUGCUUAAAAGGCACCUGGCCGAAAGCGAGUCUGCUCCUUCAAAGCAGAAGAGCAAAUUAAAAGAUGAAAAUGAAGACUGUGUAGCAACCCAAAGUCACAGUACUGCUAGCAAGGUAAAAGCCUGGUUUUGUGAAUGCCUUCAAAAGUUUUUUACAGAAGAGUCGGUAGAAAAGCACAUUUUAUCGGCAAAUAGAAUCUGUCACAAGUGUGCCGUGUGUGGAAAGCUCGCUGAAAAUUCCAGCAUUAUCCGCCUGCAUAUGAGUCGAUUCCAUGGGGGAGCACACCUGACUAAUUUUCUUUUCUGGUGCAGAGCGUGCUCUGUAGAUCUCCUCAGAGAAGAGGAUAUUAUGGGGCACGUGACUGAAUUUCAUGGUGGACAUAGCUACUAUUACGAGCAAGAGCUAGAAGAUGAACCAAUGCCCUCCGCUUCUGAUGCAGCGUGCAUUUCUGCAGGUGAGAGCAAAGACUGCAUUCCUAGUCCUGUGGAACCCUCCCACGAAGAACAUCCUGUUCUGGGAAAGUGGCAGUGCCAUGUUUGUGAGGAGAUGUUUGAGACCGAGGAGAGCGUCCGACAGCAUUGCACGUCCUUGGAGAGCCACGCGUUCCACAGGUACAGCUGUGGCUUGUGCAGAAGUCACUUCCGGAAAGUAGGGACGCUCCAGCGGCACUUCCAAGAGCAUCAUAACCAGGAGAUGCAGACUAAAUACUUCUGUGGCCUUUGUGGUAAUCUCUUCUUUGACACAGAAGAAGAAUUUCUAAGCCAUUAUAAGGAGAUUCAUAGCAGGGACUAUGCAUUUGUGCCUGAGCAGAUGGAGGUAUCAAUAAAAAAAGAGGACGACUUCCUCCCGGUAGAGAACGGGCACCGUCUGACCUGUGGCUGCCGGACGACUUACGUCUCCAGGGUAAACAGGAGGAACGAUUAUGUGACUUGUCAGAAAGCCAUGCUGCAAAAAGGAGACCUAUGGUUUCGAUGCUGCUUGUGCUCUGCAACUGCACAGAGUUUUGCUGAUUUGAGAAGUCAUCUCAAUGGUCAUGUGUCACUGAAACAUAAGAAACCGAUGUAUACUGUUAGGUGUGCUCUGUGCAGCAAAAAUUUUGAUGACCUUCAGAGUGCACAUCAGCACUAUCACAUGAAACACUGCUUCUUGCAGGAGCCUGAUCUAUCAAGUUUUGCAUCAGAUUCAGAAGAUACCGUGUUCAAGUUCACAGCAAGUGGGGCUUGUGUGGACAAGCAAAACUCUCAAGCCUGUCCAUUCAAGACUCAGGAAAGACCACAGUCGUCUCCUCUGCAGGAACCAACACAGGGAACAAAAGAAAGAGAGAACUUGGCUGACUGUGAAGAGACUUGUGAAGAUGGUGAACUUCCUGAUCUUGACUACUUGAGUACUAUGACUCACAUUGUGUUGGUGGAUCUGGACAACUGGGGAAGCUUAUUCACACAGCUGCCAGCUAACCUGAACCAAGGGACGUUUAUCUGGGGCUUUCAAGGAGGAUACAGCAACUGGAAACCUCCCGUGCAGUGCAAAAUUUACAAUUAUCUUAAGAGGAUUGGCUGUUUCUUUCUCCAUCCACGUUGUGGUACCAGAAGAGAAGCAGCAGACUUUGCUCUUUGUGUUCAUGCUGGUCGUCUGGAUGAGCACCUGCCCAAGCAAAUUCCUUUCACUAUACUUUCUGGAGACAAAAGCUUCCUGGAACUGGAAACUCAAUUUAAGAUGACCCAGCGGUCAGCUCACAUCCUAAAUCCUCACCACAUUGAAGGAGACAUGAUGUGUGCCUUGCUAAACAGCAUUUCAGAUACCACCAAAG